AUGAGUGUAUUGAAAAGUAAAUUAAAGGUGGCUUUGAUCCAAUUUGCCUGUGGAUUGCCUGACAAAACUGUCAAUUUCCAAAACUGCCGCAACUUUGUGGCUAAAGCCAUGCAGGAACAGCCUGAUACGAAAUUAGUAGUUCUGCCAGAAUGCUUCAAUUCUGUGUAUGCCACCAGUGAGUUUCGCAAGAAUGCCGAAGUUAUUACCCAAUCGUCUCCGUCCGUCGACUUUCUCAGUGAGCUGGCUCGAGAACAUAAGGUGACCCUCGUCGGAGGAACAAUUCCCGAACUGGAACCUUCCAAUAAUAGCGUUUACAACACCUGUCUGAUCUUUGAUGAGUCUGGGAGUUUGAUUGCGCGCCACAGAAAAAUGCAUCUGUUUGAUGUGGAUAUACCUGGUGGGAUAACAUUCAAGGAGAGCGACACCUUAACUGGCGGUAACUCCUGUACUACAGUAGACAUCCCAGAGGGAAAAAUUGGGCUUGGCGUUUGCUAUGACAUGCGAUUCCCGGAGCUAGCUACUGUGAGUGGCAGAAGAGGGGCUUUUGCAAUGGUUUACCCGAGUGCCUUCAACACUACUACAGGACCAAUGCACUGGCACUUGUUGGCCAGAGCUCGCAGUAUUGACAAUGAACUUUACACUUUAUUAUGUUCCCCUGCUCGCGUUCCUGGAAGUGGUUACCAAGCAUAUGGCCAUAGUUUGGUGUGCGAUCCUCAGGGAAAUAUUAUCGCCGAGGCUGGAGAAGGUGAGGAGAUCGUUUAUGCCGAACUCGAUCCCGCUGCAAUUGAUAGAAUGAGGAGAAUGAUUCCCGUAACGAGUCAGGUAAGAUUCGAUGUGUAUCACGAUGUGAGUACAAAUGCUAAGUGA